AUGUACCACUUCGUCGACCUCACCCACGAGCAGAAGCUCCAACGGCGGGAGUAUCUCGACUACUACAGCUUUCUCGCGCAGAUCUCGGUUAUUGUGCCCAUACUCGCGAUACAAUGCUAUUUACUCGGAACGUGGAUCCAGAGGGGAGUUCAGAAACAGCAAGAUCUCCAGACGCCGAGUUCGCCCUAUGUCAAGCAGGCACGGCUGGGCCAUGGAUUCAAUGUAUCCAGCUUGACCUCGAGAUGGCGGGUCUUUGCCUGGUGGUGCGGUGAUGCUGUUGAGAUCGCGGGAGUGUAUUGGGGCACGAAGGGGGAGGUGAUUGGAGCUGGGGUGUGGACGUUGUGGUUGGUGGUGUUGUGUUUCUUGCAGACGGGUGAUGAUUAUCUCCACAUGACCAAACGCUUCGGCAUCGUGGCAGCAUCCCAACUACCUUUCCACUAUUUGCUGUCCUUGAAGACGCCGUACUCGCCACUGCAGCUGUUGACGCGGCAGUCACAUGAGAGCCUGAUUUCGAUCCAUCAACUGCUCGGUCGGAUCAUUACAUCCCUUUUGUACGGGCACGCUAUAUUAUACCUCAACUUCUACGUCCUCUCAGGCCUCCUCGGCACGAAACUCCAAGAGUUCUACGUCCUAUGUGGAAUCUUCGGCAUCAUCGCCUUCACCAUCAUCGGCACCACCGCCUUGAAACCCGUCCGAGACUGGAGCUACAGAGUCUUCUACAUCGUCCACGUUGUCCUCGCAACCGCACUACUCCCAUUACUAUACUUCCACGUCUCGCACAUAAGGAUCUACCUCUACGAAACAACCCUCAUCUACGCCCUCAACGCCGCCCUCCGCUUCCUCAACACCACCAACCAACCCGGAACCAUCACCCAAAUCCCAGGAACGACCCUCCUCGACAUCACCAUCCCCACCAACAAACCCUCCUCAAAGACCAAAUGGCACCCCGGCCAACACGCCUACAUCUCCCUCUCCGGCCACCCCCUCCUCCGCACCUUCCGCAGCAACCCCUUCACCGCCGCCUCCCUCCCCUCCGUCGACGGCCAGCUACGCUUCAUCGCCCGGAUCCUCGACGGCAACACAUCCACCCUCGCCCAGAACAAAUCCUUCUCCCCGAACCUCUCCCUCGAAGGACCCUACGGUCUCGCCUCGCACCCGGACAAAUUGCUUCAAUACGACCGGAUCCUCUUCGUUGCAGGCGGCGUGGGCGCGACGUUCAUCGGUCCGUUAUAUCGGCAGCUUCUCAGUGAUCUCAGUCCCGGGAAGGGCAGCUAUCGACGACAGAAAGUGAAUUUCGUCUGGGUCGCGCAGUCUAUGGCGGAUGUGGAGUGGGCGUUGCCGGGGAAUGAGCAGGAGAGGGAGGGUUUUGCGGAGAGGCUUCGCAUUUAUAUCACUAAGAAUACCGACGGGAUUGCCACUUCGUCGUCGAAUGGUGAUUUCACGAUUGGAGAGGACGAUGAGCAGGUCCCUGGAGAGGAAGGGAUUGAACUUGAAGAGCAGAAGAAGUUGAUGGAGAAUGCGGCAGGGGAGAAGACGAGUUCGGGAUUGUCAGUCACUGCUGGGAGACCUGAUCUAACGAGGGUGGUUGAGCAGGUCUUUUCGCAGAGUAGUUCUGAGCGGGUUGCUGUGCUGGUUUGUGGGCCGAGAGGGUUGAGCAGGGCAUUGCGAAGGGAUGUUGGGCGGUGGGUGAAGAGGGGACGGGAGGUGUGGCUUCAUAAUGAGGAGUUUGCGUUGUAG